AUGGCGCCCAUUAACGAAAAUAAUCCUAUUGAGUCCACCCAAGCUGAUGAGCGGAGUCUCCCACCAGCUUUUCUUGAUCUCGCAGACUCGGUCAGUGACUUUGAGAUUAAUUUUAACAUAUUUUUCUCAUAUUUUAUAGUCUUCCCGCCCAGGAGGCGACGCAGUGAACAAAUGCGCCUCUUAGAACAGCAACACGCUCAAGAAGAAAGUGAUUUACUUAAUAUUCCAGCUACUGGUGACAUGCGUCACAUUGCUGUUUCCGCUCCUACCACUCCUCCACGAGUAGCCGGCAUUCUCGCAAACGACCUCAAUGAUAGCAAUCCCUUGUUCGACCCGCCAAUGUCCCACUUGGGCCCCGCUUACCGCGCAUUGAAUAAUGGUGUCACAUUCGUGUCUAAUGCCCAACCUAUCGGAAGCGAAAAACGCAACUCUGCGAAUUAUGGACAGAUUUCUGAAAACGUUGAUCGCGUUCCUCCCGUGCAUGCUUCCCAGGGCUAUGCAGGCGCCAAAUCCAUGCCUGCCAGUCGCCGGGGCUCUUCUGAUAGUCGAGAUGCCGACGAUAUCCUUGUACAAGGUAUACAGGGUUUGACAGUUCACGACGGCAUCGGACACCACAAGCCACAAUUGCGACAAUCCAGAACCAAUCCACGCUUUGGAGAUAUUGAAUAUCCUGGUGGCUAUAAUGCGGGACUCAUGCUCGAUGAUGAACUUGACAAGGAUAUCAACAGCGCUAUCAAAUUCUUGCCCACCUCUGAUGAAGCACCUAGAGAUCCCUAUUCCAAGUUAUCUGCGUCUUCUGCUGCAUUGGAUCUUGCCCCUCUUUCUCAAACACCUCCUCGCCCUAAUUAUAUGAAUCGGCACAUGGAAGCACAAAAGUCUUCGGAGUGGCCCUCCUUUUCUUCUCGUCCGGACAGCUCUGCCCGUGUAGGGAGGUCAUUCACUCAGACGCCCCAAACAUUGGCAGGAACUCCUGAUCUCGCUGGAAAGUUGAACUCGACAUCAUCUACGCCCAUGGUUCAGUCCCAUUCUCCUGUGGCAUCUCGACGAUCUUCUCCCAGGGGCUUUGUCGGAGAAGGAGUGAUGAGUAACAUCAACACUCGCUCUGUUCCCGCAACGCCCUUAGGGACGGUAGCGCACAACGUCGGGUCCAAGCCUUCAGCACAAGGUCUUCAGAUGGGGCAGGAUCAAGCCGGAAUAAAUUCAUACGUCGGCCUCGGGGUGUCUGGUGAAAUGAACAACCGAUAUAGCGGAUCUAAUUUCGACAGUCCUAGUGGCUAUGGUUUACAGCAUGGCAUCGACGACCGCUUUGGGGUCGAUGGGCAGUACGGCAUUGGUAUUGGCGGUGACCCACGAAUCCUUGGAAAUUUCGGUAACGGAUACGACCAGAACAGUCGAGGGCUAUAUCACGGAGCUAACCAUCCCACGCGCUACGGCCCCAUGUCAUCCGGAAAUCGUGGCCUGGGCGGAGAGGGCAAACUAAACGGCUUCCAUAACCCGAAGCAUAAGCGCGGUGAAAUCGAUCGCGAAUUCAAUCGUUAUGCUGGGAGCCGACUUGAGGAUCUGAUCGGGGAGAUCCCUAACAUGUGCAAAGAUCAGCACGGAUGCCGCUUCUUACAGAAGAAAUUGGAAGAAGGUGUUCAGGAACAUCGUGAUAUCAUCUUCAGAGAGACCUUCAAUCACUUCGCGGAACUCAUGACUGAUCCUUUUGGCAAUUACCUUUGCCAAAAACUGCUGGAAUAUUCAACCGAUGAGCAGCGCAACCUAAUCUGUGAAUCUGUCGCUGGAGAUCUGCGUCAGGCUGAUCCUCAAUACAACAACCAGAUAAUAGCAAUCAUCCGCGCGCUCUCACUGCAUGUUGUCACGCUCAUCAAGGACCUCAACGGUAAUCAUGUCAUUCAAAAAUGUCUCAAUAGGCUUGUUCCCGAGGAUAAUCAGUUCAUAUACAACGCUUUCGCGGCGCAUUGCGUGGAGGUCGCCACCCACCGUCAUG